AUGGCGGGCAGCAGGUACGACCAACACCAGCAGCACACAUCACUACUUCCCGUCCUGUUCUCUUCGUCGGCGUCGCAUGGCGCCGGCGCUCCUGCUCACUCUCCUGCCUCUGCUCCCACCACUGCUCCUGCCGCUACCGCUCUUGCUCUUGCCCCUACUCUGGCUCCUGCCUCUGUGUCUGUGUCUGCGUCUGCGUCUGCCGCUGCCGCCGCCGCUGCCGCCACGUCAGGUCAGUCGCAGGAACCCCACGGCCCAUUGCACCUGCCACAUCGGCCGCAGCAACAGCAAGUGCAUCCGCUUCAGCGCUUGCCCCAGCGCCUGCACCAGCAGCACCCUGGCCACAGCCUUGGUCUCAGUCAUCAGCACCCGCAUCCGCACUCGCACGCCCACCAAACGCACCAGCAGCUCCAGCUCCAUCUCCUCCAACAGCAACACAAUCACAAUCAGCAACACCCUUCGCUUGCACCAUACACCAGCAGCUAUCAGCGCAACCGAACACAAACGCAGGCCCAGGUGCAGACCCAUUCGCAGACCGACCACCAGCACAAACUUGCUGCCAAUCCCGGCUAUAAUAUCCCCAGCCCGGCCGCCUCCGCCGCCUCGUCGUGCAGCAACUCCAACAACCCGCCCUCGACCUUGUCCUCGUACAAUCCAAAUUCUAACGCCCACGCCGUUGCGACGCCCGCCUCAUCCACCACCUCUGCCUCCGCACCAAACUCCGCCUCUGUCCGUGCUCUUUCGGCCGAUAUGGCUGGCGACUCCUCGGCCGAUGCUGCCUUUCACGACGACUUGGCAGCUCAACAGAGGGCUGCUGAGAGCUACCAGCCUGACCUCCAGACAUACUCUCAUUAUCGGCCAGUCCAAGGCGAUGGCAACUGCGGAUGGCGAGCAAUCGGCUUCAGCUAUUUUGAGCACCUCGUGUUUGCUGGCGACCCCGAUAAAAUGAGUCAAGAACUUGCCCGCCUCACCAGCCUCAACAACUACAUUGCCAAUGUCGGUGGGUACGACUUUGAGCUCUUCGAGGACAUGGUCCAUGAGACGCUCUCUUUAAUCAAGGAUCUUGCGGAUGUUGUGACAGAUUCGGCUACCGCCAUGGCACUCCUGAUGACACGAUUCAACGACGCACAAUGCUCUAACGCUAUUGUUUACCAUCUUCGUUUACUAGCCGGGUCUUGGUUAAAGGGCAAUUCGAACGAUUUCGAGCCGUUUCUUGUCGGCAGCGGCGGCCUCUUACAGUGGUGCAACGAAAACAUCGAGGUCCCUGACCGCGAAAUUGACCACAUUGGCAUCACCCUCCUCGCGAACAUCCUACUCAAACCCAUCGGCUUUGUUCUCGAGAUCACCUACCUCGAUCGCACACCCGGCUCACAGGCCAAUGUCUACCGACUGCCCGAAGAGGCCACAGGCCAGGACCCUGCCAACCUUGGGCCCAUCAUCUACCUUCUGUACCGGCCCGCGCAUUACGACAUUCUCUACCACAAAAUGUCGUCCCGAUUCCCGAACCCUGCAGCCGUGCCCCUGCACUCUGAGCUGCAGCGCACUGUGGCCAUGUUGCCCGGGUUCAGCGGCCCGCCUUCCGCCAUGUCUUCUUUGGCAUCACCCACGGCAGUGUCCCCGAUGCACAACGCUUACGACCCCUCGCCGCAGACUCCCUGGCUGUCGGCCCCCUUCUCGGAUUCCGCCAUGCAGCAGACCGCGCCGCCGGCCCCGUCAGCGGCCCUUGGUCUUCUGCGGACUCAACCCCGACAACCACCCCCCUCGUCAACGACAGGUAGCCAAGCCGCUCCCUCCAAGCCAAGUCAGCCUGUCGACUACCAGUUGCGGGUUCAGCUCCCAAUGUUUCCACCUGAAGAACUCUCCCACCGAGCCGACGUCGAUGCUCUCUCAGAAUGGCUAUAUGGAACCAAACUUUACUACGACCAUGUUCAAGAACAGCCACUUCAAUAA